CUUUAGUAGAAACAGAAUGUGAAACGUGAAAGUAUAAUAUUAGGUGUUUUACAAAUUACCUUCUCAUAAUAGCAGUUAUAUUUUAACUAUACAUAUAGGAUUAGGACACCAAGAUACUUAAUAUUUAUGGAAAAUCAUAAUGGUCAUCGUGUACCAUUAUUGAGAAGUGGGCCAGUUUUAAGUCAACAGGCAAUGGCACCCUCAAUAAAUGACACCAACAAUGAGACAGCUGACGUCCAAACCCUUCUGCGGCAAUGGGAAGAAGAACACCAUGCGGCUAUGUACGACCCUGUACCCCUACUUACGAGGCUUGCAGAACUGAUAGAAGCUGAAACUGACAACUACAACAAAAUGGAUCCAGAUCCGUUUGACGAGAGGCAUCCAAAUCGGGCAGAUCCAAACUGUGCUCUUGGCCACAUGCUUAAGGUUCUCUUCCGCAAAGACAGUUUCAUGAAUAAGCUGGUGAAUGAUUACCUCAGAGAGAAUUACUACGCUAGGUCGGGGAUAACCGGGCGAGACAUCAACAAACUGAAUGUUGUAGCUUGUCGCCUCAUGAUAGACAUCCUGCCUGGACUAGAAACAUCUGCUGUGUUUGAGAGUCCUACCAACGAUGCCUUGGUUCAAAGACUGUUUUCCUGGGCGGAGAAAUCAUCAGAGCCUCUACAAACAUACGCCACGGGGUUGCUGGCUGCUGCUAUGGAGGUGCAAGACAUUGCAGCAGCGUUCAGGGAACAAAAUGGUCGACUUGUCCCAUUAAUGUUGGAACGAUUGCAUGCUUUGCAAAGCGAUUUCGGCAAAGAUAAGAAGCACAACUCUAGUAGACCAUUCGCUCAUCUAAAUAACUUGGAAAAUGGGCUUGUGAACCACAACGAAAGUACACCAAAGAAAAGAAAUUCUUCUGUAGCAAAUUUAUCUCCUCCACCACCAGACGAAAUAUCAAAAAGCUGUCAAGAAACUCCGUCAAAAAUGAAUGGGCCCAAGAAACCUUCAGAAUCAGAGGUCCGCCGCAAGAGUGUGGAAGCUGUGUGGGAACCGCCGAGUCCACUGCGGCCUGGCCUCAUGUCUCCUCCGCACACGAAGCCAUCGCCCUUCCACAUCUCUGACUGUAGCAACUCCUCGUGGGCCGAGCUGGAACCGUUCGUCAUCGGCAACGUACAGAUGUACCCUCCCACACUGGCUACCCGGCAAUACUUCAUCCUCAAGUACCUCACGCCCAUGGGCGAGUACCAGGAGUUUCUUAGUCACGUUUUUGAAAAGAACGCCUUGGAUCUAAUUUUACAAAUAAUGAAUCUUCGGGAUUCGCGAAACUCAAGACUAUCUUUUGAAGCACUCAAGUACUUAGCUGCCCUUCUGUGUCACAAGAAAUUCUCAAUAGAAUUUAUCAACAUGCAAGGACUUCAGAGACUACUAGAGGUGCCUAGACCAAGCAUUGCAGCAACUGGAGUCUCUAUUUGUCUUUACUACCUCGCCUAUUGUGAAGACGCCAUGGAGCGUGUGUGUCUACUACCUCAUCAUAUACUGGCAGAUUUAGUUAGUUAUUCUCUGUGGUUGUUGGAGUGUUCACAUGACUCGGGCCGGUGCCACGCCACGAUGUUCUUCGGGUUGUCAUUCCAGUUUAGAGUGAUUCUAGAAGAGUUUGAUAGACAAGAUGGCUUGCGAAAGCUCUACAAUGUUAUGAGCACGCUGCCAAUUUUGGCAGUUGAAGACGAUGCAGCGCUCAACGAAGAUGAGGAAUGUUCGGCACGUCAGAUUGUGAGGCAUGUGUGUGUUGCGCUCAAACGCUACCUGGAGGCUCAUCUGCACAUCAAGGCGGAGAAUCUGCGUAGACUGCAUAUGAGAGAGAACACCAGUGAAACAAGUGCCAAGAUGCCAGCCACUCUGCCACCGUACAAGGCCUACAAGAGCAGUCCCGAGGAGGUGGCAGAGCAGAUAAACACCCUUCUAGACCUGAUGACAUUCAGAGCCAGCUGGCAGCCUGUAGAUGAAUUGAUACGACUAGGAGGGAUCACUCUGCUGUUGCAAGUCAUCGCCUUUGCAUACGAGUGGAACUACUCCGGCAGGGCGGAGACUGUGCGUAGUGCUCUAGAAGUGCUAGGUAUCUGUGCAGUGAUGCCGCAAGUACAGCUGUUGCUGUGUGAGCGUGUAGAUCUGCCAGACGAGGUGAUGACAGUAGGUCUGAAUGUAAUCCUGGGUGCAGCAGAGGGUGAGAUUGUGGCCGACCCUGACGUACAGAGAGCCGCCCUCGGAGUGCUCAUAACCUGCGUUUGCGCCCCCAUAGUCAGGGUUGGUGGCAUGAUUGCCAAGUUCUCAUCAUCAGGUUCAGUAAAGAAACGUACCUCAAAUGUUUUGGGCAGUGAAGAAGUGAUCGAGAAGAUGUGGGACUGUGUCCGAUCUAACAACGGGAUCAUGGUUCUGCUGACUCUGAUGAUGGUCAAGACUCCCAUCACUGACGCAGACUCUAUCAGAGGCUUGGCUUGUAGAGCUCUGGUUGGUCUGGCUCGCAGUGAGACUGUCAGGCAGAUCAUCAGCAAGUUACCACUAUUCAGCAACGGCCUGCUGCAGAAUCUCAUGAGGGAUCCAAUCCUUCAAGACAAAAGACAAGAGCACGUUAUGUUCCAGAAGUAUGCAUUAGAACUUAUGGAACGAGUUUCAGGAAAAAGUAAACCAAAUGGAAAUGAGUUGGAAGUGUCUCUUCAAAACAUACACAGAGCCAACGUGAUUGCGCAAACACACAUCCAGUUCAACGAACAACAGCUGUUCCAGCUGAUACAUCAGCAUCUGCUCAGCCAUGGGAUGGCAGAGUCUGCGGCUACAUUGCAGCGGGAGGCCAACAUACCUGCCAUGAAGCCUGUCAACACUCCACUGCCGGCCCCCUUCACCUACACACAGCACAUUAGCACACCUGUGCGGGGUCGCACGUCGCUGAUGAGUCCACACCCGCUACAGAAGGUUGUGAUGGUGAGCAACUCCUCAUCUGACCUUGCCUCUCCCUCUACUAGUCCGCUAGGAGCUGGCUACAGUGUCAGAGGAGGGGCUUCUACUCCAAUCACAGCCACCACACCCCUGCGGCUCAGUCUGUCUUCCAGGAAAACAGAUGCCAAAGCGACGCCGGUGGCUUGCCGCUCGCUACAGAAGCAGAUCUGUUGUGAGCAGCAGGUUGGGGGCCUCAGUCAGAACACAGGGGGACUCAAAGAAUGCCACGUGACACUCGACUCUAUCAUCACUGAGUACCUCACUAACCAGCAUGCACUGUGCAAGAACCCCAUGGUCACCUGCCCACAGUUCAACCUGUUUGUGCCUCACAAGUGUCCAGAUCCUAAGCCAAAGAAUGCCAUUCCUGCCAAUUUUGCGAUGAGGCUGAUGCGAGGAACUGUCUCACGGAAGUAUAACAACCGACUCGUCCAUUCCAGGUUUUGUCCCGUCAAAACGAUCAGGCUAGGGGAGGAUGACGGAUUCUUUACAUGCUGUGAAUUCCUAGGUAAAGAUAAACAAUUGAUUGUGGGGACGCAUCAUGGAGAAGUUAAGAUUUUCAACUUACACACAGGAUCUGAGGAGGCCACACACCAGUGUCAUGAGUCGUACAUCUCCAGGCUAGAGGCCAACCGUGAUGGAACACUGCUACUAACGUCGUCAACGUGGAGGAGGCCACUCUCUGCGUUAUGGAGUGUCAACAGUCUGUUUACCAUGAAGUUUGCAAUGGACGAUGAUGAAUAUGUUGAGUUCAGCAAACUAACUCAAGAUAGAGUGAUCAGCACAAAAAACGAGCAUGCUAAUGUGUAUGACAUAACGACGGGUCAGAAGCUGUUCACCUUGACACCAACAUUAUCAAACCAAUAUACAAAGAACAGAGCCACAUUCAACCCUACUGACGAGUUGAUCUUGUCUGACGGAGUUCUGUGGGACGUUGCGUCUGGCAAGCAGAUACACAAGUUUGAUAAACUAAACCAAACACUCAGCGGAGUCUUUCAUCCUAACGGGCUCGAGGUUGUGUCGAACACAGAAGUUUGGGACCUAAGGACAUUCCAUUUACUGAGGACCGUUCCGUCGCUGGAGGGUUGUGAGGUUAUGUUCAACACUUACGGAUCAACCAUUUACGCAAUGACAGUGGAACAGGAGAUGGAAGAGGACACGUCGCAUGAGUCUUCAUUCAAAACACUUGACGCACUGGACUAUGCUAACAUUGCAACGAUUGACGUGAAGAAAAACAUUUAUGACUUGGCUUUAAACCGUGUCGACACUCAAAUAGCCAUUGUGGAGAACCAAGGAGUUUUUGAUAGUGUGCAGGAAUCCAUUGUAAGACUCUAUGACGUCGGCCGACGACGGGAUGAUGAGGACGAAGUCGAGGACGAAGAAGAAGAAGAAGACAUGGAUAACAGUGACGACAAUUCAGAUAUGGACAAUUCUGAUGACGCGGAUGUCACAGAAGGUGAUGGAGGCAACCUUCAAAACAUCUUGGAUGAAUUGGAGGAAGUGAAUAACCAAGUUGCCGCAGAAUUGGAAGCAGAAGAAGCUGGUGACGGAAGCAAUGCUGAGGAUAGUGUUACAUCAUCAGACAGUGAUAGUAGCAGCACCAGUGAUUCUGAUGACAUAGAGUUGCUGGACUUGGGUGAUGAUAUGUCAACUUCUGAUGACAGCGGAGAUGGUGACUUAUAAUUGUACAAACUACAGUACCAGGGAUUCUAGAGGUUCUAUGCUGAGUGUGACUCGGCACUAUUGUGUAAUUUAUAUUGUAAAAUACAUUUCAUAAUUUUA